AUGGGGUUAUUGACUUCACAAGAUAAAGAAGUAAUCAAAAGGGCAUUGCCAAAGGCUUCAAAUAAAAUAAUUGAUGUCGCCAUAGCAAGAUUAUAUAUUGCAUACCCUAAUCCUAAUGAAUGGCAAUAUACAGGAUUAUCCGGUGCUGUCGUGUUAGUUGACGACAUAGUGGGCGAUACUUUCUUUUUGAAAUUAGUCGAUAUCUAUGGACAUAGAGGUGUCAUCUGGGAUCAAGAAAUUUAUGUAAAUUUUGAAUAUUAUCAAGAUAGAACUUUUUUACAUACUUUUGAACUGGAAGAGUGUUACGCAGGUUUACUGUUUGAAGAUGUAUCGGAAGCUCAACAUUUUUUAAAACGUGUACAAAGACGUGAAAAAUAUGGAUCUAAGAAAACAGUUAAUAAUAAAAAUGCUAUUGCACAGACAAAAAAGAUCAACGAUGCAAAUAAGAAUGUCGUAGUACAAGGUCCAAGAGGGGAAGCUAUGAUAUCUGAUCAGAGACAAAGGUAUAAUUAUGAUGAGUCUAAUAUUAUUCCAACAACUAAAUCAAAGGCCCCACCACCCCCACCACCUUCUGCAGCUACUCCUGACACAUAUGAUAAUACUUCUGAAAGUGAUAAUGAAGGCAAGUUUUACUCCGUCCCAGAUAGUCCAACGAGUCAUGCAGCCUCUCCGCCAUCAGUAGAUAGUACACCGGCGGCAGCUCAUCCCGUUCAUAACGUUCCACCAAUGCCAACACAUUUCUUGCCAACUAACAAUCCUCCUCCUACGUUCCCUACGACUGUGGUACCUUCUCCACCUGCUGGUGCUCCACCUCCUAUGUCUCCACCUCCUAUGUCUCCACCUCCUAUGUCUCCACCUCCUAUAUCUCCACCUGCUGCAGAUCUCCAAAAAACACCUUUCCCAAUACCACAACCAACAGCCAGUCAGGUACCUGCUCCCCAACAAUUGCCGGGACAACCAAGCACUCAACAGUUCCCAAGGCAACAACAAUUCCAACAACAGAGUAGACCAGUACCUCAAUUACCAAACAGAAAUGCUAGAUCAGUGCCACCUCCACCAGGUUCAGCCAAUGCGCAAAUGAAUGGUGCCAGAAUUCCACCUCCUGCUCCACAAUCUAGACGUGGACCAGCACCACCACCUCCACCACACAGACAAAACAAUGCACCAAUUCCAGCCUCUGGGUUUAGACCAACUCCGCAGCCACCCAGUUCUAGACGUGGUCCUGCACCUCCUCCUCCUCCAAGAAAAGGUUCGAGGCCUGUUCCGCAAGUAUCAACGUUACCUCCACGAAGUCCACCUGCGCAAGCUAUGUCUCCACCUAUAACGUCAUUUACUCAACCUGUACAGCAACCUCAACCACCAAGUCGUGAAUACCUUGCAUAUGCUCAACAGGUUCCAGAGAUGCCUAUGACCACAUUUGGAGUCCCUCAAUCUACACCCUCACCUGCUAUGCCUACGCAACAAGCUUAUCCAGCAGCUGUACCUGCACCUCCACCUCCACCGAUUAUGCCUACACAACAAGCUUAUCCAACAGCGGUAUCUGCACCUCCACCUCCACCAGCCAUGCCUACACAACAAGCUGCUCCAGGAGCUGGACUCGCCCCUCCACCUCCACCUGCGUUCUUAAGUAAUCCUCAGUCGACUUCUCAAAUUCCACCUCCACCACCAAUGGGUGCUCCUCAAGGAUCAAGCCAACUAAAUGAGACUACUGGAGAUGCAGGCAGAGAUGCUUUGUUAGCUUCCAUUAGAAACUCAGGUGGUAUUGGUGUGUUAAAAAAGGUUGAUAAAUCGCAAUUAGAUAAGCCUUCAGUAAUACUACAAGAGGCUCGUGGUGAUGCACCUCCACCUUCAGCAAAUUCUAGUAACGCAGCGCCAGGAGGUGGUCAAGGAUCUUUGGCUGAUGCACUAGCUGCAGCACUAAAUAAACGAAAGACAAAGGUUAGUAAUGAAGACAACUAUGAUAAUGGUGAUGAUUGGUAA